UAUCAUAUUCACAAGUUGCAUUCAAUGCAUGAAUAUAUUGCAAUUUGAAAUACUUUAAAAUGUUGUUGAAUAUUGUUAAAUCUUGAUGAAAAUGAAAAGGAAGUAUCGAAUCAGCAAGUAAUUACUACGUACGUACCUCAAUAGAUAUGUAUCAAAAGAUAAGAAAAGAUUAAUAUUUUUAUUAACGCAUUCGAAAUCGAAAUCAGUGAUCACACAAACAAAGAAUAGUGUGGAUCAGUGGAAUAAUUCAACCGCGCGUAAUUUUGAUGUAAACUUAAAAAAUAGCAGUAAAGUAUUUAAUUAUAGUAAAAUGACGGAUAUUACGUCUCGUAAAGAACUAAUGGAUGAAAUAGUGAGUCGUAAAAAUAUGGGUGACAAAAAGUUCCAUUCUGAAACGAGUUUACAAAAUUUUGAUAACGAGGAAGCCGUACCUCCUGAAGUGGCAGAAGAUCCCGGGGUACACAAUACCUCAGUGACGGGGACGCCUGUGCUCAACACGAUCACAGAGAGGAGACGGACCAUGUCCCAACCGGGGCCGAUUUCUGGCAACCUGUCAACCGCUACCAUAGCACGCACCCGACGUAGAGCGCCAAGAAAUGUCAUGUAUGCUCCUGACAUUGAAAAAGGGAGCUCUGUAGAUCGACUGAACGUGUUGAACGGGAAAGAUGAUUAUUCAUUUCCGCCCACCCCUGGAAGUGAAAGGAAUAGUCCGUAUCUUUAUAACAACAACAGCCGUAAUGGAGACAUAAAAUCACUGAACAGCUAUCGAUUACCCAUUAACGAGAUGCGAGGUGGGACCACACCGCGGAAGCGGUCGGUGGCGACGAUGGACGCACAAUCUUUACGCUCCGAGUCGCACGCGCCGCCCCCAACUAGUCCUGAAGACAAUGCCAGAUUGUCUCUAAAAUACCUAACUCUUAUACUGAGCUGUAUGUACGCAGUAUUAUUGGUUACUCUCGGACUAAUAAUAUAUGUUUCAGACCCGUUUGUGGAUAUGUCACCGUCAUUGGCAUAUUCUAUUACUCUUUUGGGUGUAGGAUUUUUAUUUCAAUUCUACCUUUUCUUCGACAUCAAUCGAUAUAAAGCGGUAGCUUUAAAAAAUCAGAAAACGAAAGAGAGACAUAUGGAAAAGUUUUCGGAGUUCUUUCGAAAACAAGAGAUAGAAUAUGGCAAUGACCUGGGAUCACCCACGAUACCCAACCCAGGUGAACGAACUCCUGAAAGUCGACCUGCUGACCUGCCUUCCCCAGUCCUUGUGCCUUUACAACAUGAUUACUGUUUUAGUCAUGGAAGACAUUCGGGAAGUUUCUAUCUUAAGUUAGGAGCAGCUGCUUUUGCAUUAGGACAUUUAGUGCAUUCUGUACUUCUAAUUUCGGUGCAAGUCAGUUACUUUUACGACGAUACCAUAGCCAACGAUGAUUGUAUCGAUAUACUGCAAGUAACGUUUGAUGUACUACAACCCUUAUACUGUUUUGUACAACUUUUCUUUAUAUUCAAAUACUGCAACGUGCUGAUAUUGAAGAACCAGGGUCUAGCUCAUUUCGGAUUUAUGCAUAUGAUCGGUAGUAGCUUAUGUUUCUGGAUUUACAACAUUAUACGCGAAACAAUUUUAGCGUUAACUAUUUAUGCAAAUAAAACAUACGGAAAUCGCACCGAGACAGUUACUACAGAUGAUGAUAUCUCCGCAUUUCUUGAUGUAAGUGGAUUAUAUAACGAAAAAUGUGUCGGCUCUCAAGUAAUAACGACAAUCUUAGAAAAUCUUUCGCCGUAUCUAUACCCAUUUGGUGUUGAAUUUAAUAUUCUGAUUGUUGGAGUUUAUUACAUUAUUUGGAGCAACAUUGGAAAUUGCGAAAAUGUUGACGCCACCGAUGGCAGUUCGAGCUUCGAUGACUCUCAAACGAUAUGCAAAAUACCAACGGCAAGCGAAGACAACGACUACACAAGCAAUAUUGUGAUCUACGCGGAUUGUCACGCUUCGAACAAGGGAUUGUUCUUGGGCAUGGUGCUAACUGUAGUUACCGUGGGUAUUCUCAUACUGGGCUUCGUGCUGGGCAAUAUUGGAGAUUCCAACUACAGGGAAACCGGCUACGCGAUCAGCAACUGGGCCAUGUUAGCCAUGCACACUCUGAUGCUGAUUGCAGUGGUAAUAGCAUAUAACCAAGCCAGAAAACUGGACAUCAAUGAGCAUCCUAUCUCACUUUUGGAUGACAUUCUGCUCUUUGUAUGUUUGCCAGCGUUCUUCAUGGAAACCGUAUUGUCUAUGGUCGCCACAAUUAAUGUAUUAAAUAUUGUAAGAAGCAUUGACUUUUCAGUUAUGGUUAUCCAAGUGUUGAUUCAAACCCCAUUAAUAAUGGAUGCGUUACGGCGUUGCAGCAACAGCCGCAAAUUGCGCAAGUCGAAGCCGGGUCGAGAAGUUCUCAUGUUCCUGAUUAUUGCCAACGUGGCGAUGUGGAUGAUGUACACCUUCUCGUACAAAUCACCGGAAUCACUAGAUGAAAGAUACAAAUACUACGGCAAAGUGCUAUGGAGUAUCCUGGGACACGUGUCCCUACCGCUCAUAAUGUUCUAUAGAUUCCAUUCUAGUGUAUGCUUUGCAGAUAUUUGGGACGCUGCAUACAAACCCGGUUCAGAACAUUAAAAGAAAAUUAUUAGUGAUAUGUAUAUUUUAGUCAAUUGGCGCUUAUGUUAUUACAUAGGAAGCUGAGACAUUCCGUAUCGGAAUACAAUGUGAUUGAUAACUUAUUAUUUAUUUAUCGGCGAGUUAUUUUAUUGUAAGAUGCAUCUAUUUAUUGUAAAUAGGAUUAUGAUAUUAGUUUUUAAGAUUUAUUAUGUAAAUACAAUAUUGCCUAUAAGUGUGUAUGUAACUCUUCGAUUUAAUAUUAGUUUAGUAAAUUAGG